AUGGGCAAUCAACCCCAGCCAUGGCUGGACAGCCUCUCUGACGACUGGCUCUCGACUCCUGCCUCGCCUGCCACGCCGUUGCCUGCUCGUUCCGCCCUCCGCUCCAGCCUGGGAGGAAUGAGCUCCCCGAGUCGCAUUCCGGUCCCCGCGCGCCGCUCCCUCGAAUCUCCUACUCCUUCCCUCGAUUCGAAUCAGAAUAAUAACCAUCAUAAUCAUAAUCAUAAUAUCAAGAAGACUCCUUCGAAACCUUCCACCCCCUCGAGACAGCCGUCGUACGCUUCUUCGAAGAAAGUCACCCGUCCCUGCCACUUUGUCAAGCGAGAGCCCGUCCCCAAGGUCCAGCGCACUCCGAUCACCCCGCGCACCCCCAAAACGCCUGCGAAGACGCCCGCCUUGCCAUCUCCGGAGAAGACGGCGGUGGAGAGUCCCAAGCCGCGUCUCUCGAUGGCGGCGCGCAGGGCGCAGCAGCAGCAGCAGCAGCAACAGCCGCCGCGGCAGCCCUCCGCGGCGGAGACUCGCUCGCCGCUGCGGUCCGUCUCCAACGUGUCGAGUCAGUCAGCGGCGGGCGGCGACCAGAGCACGGUGCAGAUCAAGCCGAAGAAAGGGAGGAAUACUGGCAAUGAGCAGAGACAGACGACACCCGAGUGGCGCAGACGCCUGGUCCGCGGGGAGAUCCCGGCGGGCGAGCAGCGCGAUCUGUUUGCCCCCAUUGGGCUGGAGAGCGUGUUCAAGCCUCCCAGUCCGGGGUCGGAGGCUGGUCGCAAUAGCGCUCCCAUCCCUGUACCGAGCAGUAACCUGUGGAGUUUGACGGGGAAUACACAAGACGAGAAGGAGUCGGAGAGGUCCUACGAGGAGAGUCCGCCCGGUUCACCACCGACAGCCGUCGGGAGCAGGAAGGAGAAAAUCCCCCCAGUGGACAACAACGAAGAGUCAAGGCAAGACGGCGACUAUCAGGAUUCUACGCAGCUACGGUCGGCCAGCGGGCUGGAAGACCUACGCAAUGAAGGCAUCACCCCCAUCACCUUCUCACAGACAAACACAAUGGACGGCGCAAUGGCCUCGAAUGAGGUGCUCAAGUCCGCUCUGAAACAGAUCGACACGAAACUCCAACGACUCUCCCUUGCACAUGCCCGACCGGGCUCCCGAGCUAGCGACAGCGGCAUCCUGUACCACUGGAGUGAUGGCGAAGACUUUGGUGAGAAUGACCUCCUUCACAACGACAACGACGACGACGACGACGACGACCACGAUGACCACGGUCAUCUCAUGGACUCCACCAGCCAUUCGCUCCCCAAGGAUCUCUCCAUGGGUACGAUGGACCUGGGAGGAGCCCGCGGCCAGUUCGUCAACCUCCGCCGCGGCCAGUACCUGGGCGACGGCUCCUUCCUCAAACCACAGCUCACCCCUUCUUCUUUUCCCUCCCAACGGCUUUCCCCAUCCAACUUCACAAACACGCGUAUCCGGAGCUCGCCGCCCUUCUACCAGAAGAACCCCCCCGCGGCGGACCCUGUAGCGCUCGCCCGACCGUCGUCGGCUCGCGCCAGGUUCACCGCCGCCGCCGCCGACGGUGAGGAUCCCAAGAGCGACGGAAUGCGCUCCUCCGGCAGCCCGCUGAAGCUGUUCGGCACCCAUGACACCUUCACCAACAAUCGACUCCUCCGGCGCAUGAGCCAGUUUGAGGAAACCUUUGGCGGCCUGUCCGAGGAAGACGAAGAAGAACCGGACUCGCCGUCGGAGGAGGCCCGCCGAAAGGGCGAGUCUCGGAGUUUCUUGACCGCGAAGCAGGACGAACAGCUCUCUCUUCGACGCAAUGAACGCCCGCGCUCCCGGAACAACGCGGUCAAGGCAGCCGCCGCAGCGGCCCAUAUCAGCCAGUUUGGCGGCGGUCACCUGGAUCAUUACGACUUUUCCGAUACCAGCCCGUAUGAAGCCAAGUUCCCAGUCGCUCAGCACAGGGAUUCCCCCCCGCCUCCGCCGCCCAGAUCUUCGGCUGGACGCAGGCAGCAUCACCAGCAUCACCAUCAUCACCAUCACCAUCAUCAUCAUCAUCUGCGCCGGAUCUCUCAUGAUUCAAAAAGUUCACACGAUGGUCUCGAGUCCGGCUCGACCCGUUGGCUUCGAACCCGGCGGAGCACCCAGUCCCAGCAUGGAAGCGCCGGCAGGGAAGAACUGUCCGACAGCAAACGUAUGCCCAACACGCCAGCCAAGGAUCCCCUGCCGAAACGGCGAAGGACCUUGCAGCGAAUCACCAGCUUGGUCCAGGACGACGAUCAGCAUCAAUUUUCUGACCAGUCCACGGCGGACCUGCCGCUGUUGAAGACCAGUCUCAUGCAGCACGGCGUGGAGCUUGAAGAGGAUGGCCAUCUGGCCCCCCAGCCUCGUUCAUCGAACCGGCCCCGGACCCCGACCCCAAGCCAGACACGAUCGUCACCGACCAAGGGUGGCAUUGUCAACCCGGCACGUUUGAACUCCACCGGGCAAAACUCGAGACCUCUCUCGCGGGACUUGCCCUUACUACUACCCAGAGUGGAAAUCAGCAGUGUUCAUGAUGAGGUCCGCAAGGGAUCCAUCACGACCCAGGAUUUCCUCAACGAAGCCACGAAAAUUAUGGAUAUCAUCCGUGCCAACGGGCGAGGGAAGGGUGGCUUGACCAGUGUGGAAGAAUCUGGCAUGGAAAUUCCAAACGAUGAUGAUAAUGAUGAUGAUGAUGAUGAUAACGACCACGACGACCACGACGACGACGACGACCACGACCACGACGACGAUGAUGAUAAUGAGUCGACCCUAGAGGAAUUCUCUCGGCCUCCCAGUCGGGAAGAAGGGGUGGAUAUGAGGAAACUACGCCAGCCCCAAGCACCCAACCCUCGUGUCUUGAGUCACCUGAGGAAGUUUCAAGAACAAGACGACUUGGAGUUUGGGGUCAGCACCUCGGCCAUGUCCCUCCGUCUGGAUGGUGACAUACAGAGCAGCCCCAAGAACAUCAAGAUCCGGGAGAACAUCGUCGAGCAACGGAAACGCAAGUACUCGGACCCCUUCACCGACGAUGGUCACUUCGAUGCGGAUUUCAUCACCACGAGAAGCGUCCCGACCGCCUCCUCGCAGAGCUCCUCCCACCACAAGGGCGUCCUGUCGUCCAAUCUGGUCUCUCACUUGAUCCCGGAACAGGUCAACGGGUUGACCUACGAUCGCCUCAGGCAAAGAUGGAUCAAGAAGAAAGGUGGGAAGAAACAGCCCCUCGACAAGCCCAAAGCCGAGGACAGCGAAGACGACCCCUUCCAGGAUAUCCCUGAUCUCAGCGUCGAUGAGCUCGAAGAGAUGAUGAGGGUCCAACGGCUUGGUGCCUCGCCAGACAAGGCUAAAGAUAAAGAGACCAUGCCCCGAGAAAAAGAGGAAAUCAAAGAGGCGACGGGACGGUCCAACCAGCCUGGCAGCCGACCGCAAACACGCGACAAGGAGCCUUCUGUAAAUGCUAGCUCGCCGCAAUCCAAGGGGACACGAUCAACGUCCAGCAGACCACAUUCGGAGACCCGGUCAACCUCAUGGGGCAGCAACGAUCUCGAGGCUAGACCAUCUUCGUCCUCCACCUCCGGGGAGAUAGAGCAUGAGAUCCAGCUUCACGAAGGCCGCACCUCUAAUCCAUCCCGUCGGGGAGGCCUCGCCACUGCCGGCCCCUCCUCGCAGCACAAGGCCCGCGUCGUCACGAUCAGCUUUUCCUCGCCGCUGGUCUCCCACAUUGGAUACAGCGAUAAGCCCAGUCCGACGAGAGCGAGCCGGCCACCCCAUGAAAGCUCUGCCGACAACAGUCUCUUGAUGAUGAUGGGGGAUGAUGGCGAACCCUCAGGCGAUGAACCGCAGGCGUUUGUUCGGCGCCCGGUUUCCACCAUUGAUGAAGGGAACGAGGAUAGUGUGGACAAUAGCAUGAGUCUCGUCCGGCGGAGAGUUUCGGGACCCCUGGAAUCGACGCCAGUCCGACGAGGUCAAAUGGAGGCUGGCUCCCUGAUCCCGGGCCAUCAUGACACGAGUUACAGCUUCAAUCUCACCCCCCUUGCUGACUUUACCGUCAACCAGAUCGACCAUCCACUACAUCUGGAGGUCAGCUAUGUGUCUCAGCGAACCAAUCCCACCUCUCUACGCCAGGUGCAUGGGACCUUUGCUCUGGCGACUGAGGAACUGGUCAAACACAUCACUGAUGUCCAGCCCUACGAACCCUAUUGGGAGCAUGUGCGGCGUCUAGUUCUCCGGGACAAGGGGCUGAUCACCCUGCACAAACUGAACGACUUUUGUCCUCGCCUGGAGGAUUUGGACGUCUCGGACAAUAAAAUCGGCCAGCUCAGCGGCGUACCAUCCAGCCUCAGAACACUGAAGAUCCCACGGAACUGCCUCUCAAAUCUGACGGCAUGGGGUCGCCUCACAAACCUCCAAUACUUGGAUGUAUCUAGCAAUGACCUGGAGAGCCUGGACGCCUUCAGCGGUCUUAUCCACCUGCGGGAGCUGAAAGCGACGGACAACCGCAUCCGCAACAUUGACGGUAUUCUUGAAUUGAAUGGACUCUUGAACCUGAAGAUGGACCGAAACUGCCUGGCAUCGAUCAGCUUCAAAGGGGCCGAACUCACACGCCUGAAAGAUUUAAAUCUCAGCCAGAACCAGCUGACAGAUGUCCACGGCAUCGAAUCGCUUCCAUCAUUGCAAGCACUGGAUCUCAGUUCAAAUCGGCUGGAUGAGAUUGUGGUGCCCACACCCUUGCGCAAGCUGCGAUCUCUGAGACUGGCGAGUAAUCGAUUCCGUAAACUCGACAUGAGCAGUUUUCCAUCCCUCAAGCUUUUGUACGUGGAUAACAACUAUCUAACCUCCAUUUCUGGCAUGGAACAAUGCCCGAACUUGGAGAUUUUGUCUGCCCGAGAGCAGUCUGUGGCGGAAGACAGCCAGGCAGGUGCCGGCGGCUUCUUCGAGAUCGACCUUGGUGUUUUGAAGGACGUGCGCAAGGUCUUUCUAUCAUCGAACCGACUGACCACAAGGGCUCUGACUCCCUCAAUUCCCCUGCUCAGCCUGCAAUUGCUCGACGUUGCAUCGUGUGCGAUCGACCAUCUCCCCCACGAGUUUGCCAUGAAUUUUCCCAACAUCAAAGUGCUCAAUCUCAAUUUCAAUUCAUUGACCAAGGUCGACGAGCUCGCGGGUCUGAACUGCCUGGCCCGGUUGGCCGUGGCAGGGAAUCGCAUCGAGAGAAUGCGAAGACUCUGCCAUGCACUGAGCCACAUCGGCCGGACAGCCAAAGGAGAUGGAUGUUCUCUCCAAAAGGUCGACAUUCGCGGGAAUCCAGUCACUGUCGGGUUCUACCCGCCUACGAUCACAGGCAGUGGGAACGCGGAAGGUCGCCGUAAAAUACAAGCCAAGGAAGAGGCGGCGGCGACGGCGGCAGCAGCGUCGUCAAGCACCCGGGGAAAACGGCAACUUGGCGAUCUGCCCUCCACGCUGGCCAACAUUGGCUGUACGGCAGACAUCAUGCACCCGAGUGCAUGGGGCGGCAUGAGUGACGACGACGACGACGAUGCCGAGGGGAGCCGCGGGCACGACUUGGAAAUCGAAGACCCAUACAUGAUGCCGCUGGCCGAUCUGCAAAGCGACCGCAAGUACCUGUCCCGGCUGGACGACCGGACGCGACUGCGCCGACGGGUCCUGGAACUGAUGCUGUAUGCUGGCUCGGGCGGGUCAAUCCGCGUCCUUGACGGACUCGAGCUGCGGCCUGAGCUGGGAGACGAGGGCUCUGAUAUGCACGAGGCAUGGAACCGGCUUGAAGAGCUGGGGGUGCUGAAAAAGAAGGCCAUCCGGGAUAAAUAG